UUUUUUUUUUUAACUUAACGUCGACUUUUUUUUUUCUUUUUUAUAUACAUAAUGGCCAAUCUCACUCCUGAAAGACCAGAUCAUAUACUUCCAAAAGAUCACAACUUUGAAGGCGGUGAUUCCCCUGCUUCAACACCUAUUUCACAUGCUGCGAAACGAAGAAAAGUAGAUAACACUAACCUCGGUAAUCCAAUGAUCAAUGGUACGACAGACCUUCCUGCAACUAUUGUUGAUGCAUCUCCUACCAAUCCAUCCAAAUGGCAAGAUACCAUCGAGUCCAUUGUCAAAGCAAUUGUAUCUAUUCGUUUUAGUCAAGUGGCUGCUUUUGAUACUGAAGGUCCUGAUACAUCAGAAGCUUCAGGUUUUAUUGUCGAUGCAAAGAACGGUAUUAUUUUGACAAAUCGUCAUGUUGCGUGUGCUGGUCCUUUUGUUGGUGAAGCUAUUUGUCAUGAUCACGAAGAAGUUGAUGUUUAUCCUAUUUAUCGCGAUCCUAUUCAUGACUUUGGGUUUUUAAAAUUUGAUCCAAGCAAGAUAAAAUAUAUGCCUGUUACGCAAGUGGAACUACGUCCAGAACUUGCCAAAGUGGGUCUUGAUAUUCGUGUUGUUGGUAAUGACGCUGGAGAAAAACUUAGUAUUUUGGCAGGUUCUAUUUCUCGAUUGGAUCGCAAUACUCCAGAUUAUGGUGAUUUGACAUACAACGAUUUCAAUACAUUUUAUCUACAAGCAGCGUCAAGUACUAGUGGUGGUAGUUCUGGAUCUCCUGUCAUUGAUAUUGAUGGAAAUGCCGUAGCAUUACAAGCUGGUGGUCACACAAAGGCAGCAACGGAUUUCUUUUUACCAUUGGAUCGAAUCAAACGAGCUCUUCAAUUUGUACAAAAAGGUUUACCCGUACCUCGAGGUGACAUUCAAACUCAACUUGUAUAUCGACCUUAUGAUGAAGCAAGACGACUUGGAUUACGUCCCGAAACGGAAGAACAUUUACGAAGCAUAUUUAAGGAAGAAAUCGGUCUUUUAGUUGUGGAAGCUGUCUUACCUGGUGGUCCUGCUUAUGGAAAACUAGAAGAAGGAGAUAUAUUGUUAACUAUGGAUGAUGAAUACAUUACUACUUUUGUACCAUUUGAAGCAAAAUUGGAUUCUCAUGUGAAUAAAGAUAUUCGUAUUGGUAUUGAACGUGGUGGGAAACGACUGGAUUAUACUAUCAAGGUUGGCGACCUUCACGCAAUUACUCCUGAUAGAUAUGUAGAAAUUGGUGGAUCCAAGUUAAACGAAGUGUCCUAUCAAUUAGCUCGUGUGUAUUGUGUACCAUGUAGUGGUGUCUAUGUUUGUGAACCCAGUGGAAUGUUUAGAUUGGAUGGACCUGACAAUGGAUGGAUUAUCAAAUCUGUGGAUGACAAACCAACUCCUAAUUUAGAUACGUUUAUUCAAGUGAUGAAGGGAAUUCCUGAUCGUGCUCGUGUACCUGUAGUAUAUUAUUCUAUUACUGAUGUUCAUACCAUCAUGAUGUCUGUGGUUCAAGUCGAAAGACAUUGGUCAUCCUUCCGUCUUGCUGUACGUAAUGAUCAAACUGGAUUAUGGGAUUUUACAGAUCUUGGUGAACCUUUACCUCCUAGACCUUUUGUACCAAGUACCAAAAAGUAUGUUGAAUUGGAUGCAAGUAUGGGUCCUUCCAAAGAUCUCAUUCGUUGUUUGGUCAAGGUAAACUUUUACAUGCCUUGUCGUAUGGAUGGAUUCCCUCGUAGUAGAAAACAAGGUACUGGUGUCAUUCUUGAUGCUAAACGUGGUUUGGUGAUUGUCGGUCGAAAUUUGGUGCCAACGAGUAUGGGUGAUCUGAUUCUUACUUUUGCCGAAUCUAUCGUGAUUCCUGCCAAAGUGUUGUUUUUACAUCCCACUCAAAACUAUGCUAUAACACAAUAUGAUCCUACACUGAUUGGUGAUACAAACGUUCUUAGUGCUCCUCUCUCUGAUGAACCGUUACUUCAAGGUCGUAAAGUUACUUUGGUAGCUCACAAUAGAAAUCAAAGGCCAGUAUGUCUGUCAACUGCUGUGACAGAUGUUACUUGUGUGACGAUUCCUCAUAGUGGUACACCAAGAUUCCGUGCUAUCAAUAUGGAUGCAAUUACUCUUGAUACACCACUUGCUUUACAAUGUUCAUCUGGUUUAUUGGCAGAUCCCAAUGGUUAUGUACAAGGAUUUUGGUUUAGUUUCUUGGGUGAUCGUAAUGGAAAUGGAAAUGAUAAUGAAUACCAUCUUGGAUUGGAUGUGGCUGCUAUUAAACCUGUACUGGAACGAUUUCAAAAACAAGAAGAAAACUGCUCUUUACGAAUGUUAAAUGCUGAACUUGUACCUGUACAAAUGGCUCAGGCAACUGCAAUGGGAUUGUCAAAUGAAUGGAUCAAGAAAGUAGAAGAAGCCAAUACAUCUAAACAUCAACUUUUUAUGGUGAUUCGUACGGAAGCAGGAACGGAAAGUGCCAAAGUAUUAGAGGAACUGGAUCUGAUUCUAACCAUCAAUGGCAAUGUCGUAACAAGGAUACAAGAAACGGAUGUACAAUAUGAAUCGGAUGAAUUGGAAAUGACAAUUUUACGACAAAAGAAAGAAAUGACAGUCAAGGUCAAGACAACAUUGGAAUCAGGUGAAGGUACUAAUCGUGUGGUAUUUUGGGCCGGUGCAGCACUUCAUGAACCUCACAAGGCAGUAUUACAACAAAGCAAAACUCUUCCCUCACGUAUCUAUAUCUCAGCAAGAGCAAAAGGAUCACCAGCAUAUAUGUAUGGGUUGGUACCUACUAUGUGGAUCACACAUAUCAACUCUGUCAAGGUGGAAACGUUGGAUGAUCUGAUUGAUGCAGUCAAACAUACUUUGGACAAUACUUAUGUACGAGUUCGAUGUGUUACUUUUGAUAAUGUACCUGUGAUGCUUUCUGUCAAGAUGGUAUAUCAUUAUUUCCCUCUAGUAGACAUGGUAAAAGAUCGUCACUCUGAAUGUGGAUGGUCUAAGCGUGAAAUUCAAUUGAAUCAGUAGUUUGUUGUGGUUUAUUUAGUUUAGUAUCAUCUUUUUGUUUUUAUUUAUAUAUAUAUAUUCGUACUCAAAUAGAUAUUGUCUUCUAGUUUAGAUAGAUGUAUUUUCUAGAAAAAAUAAUAAAAAAUAAAAAAUAAAAAAAAAAAAGUUCCAAAAUGA